GUUCGUAAUUAGUAAACACGGACUGUCGCAAGGGAAGAACGUUUGGGGGUAUUGUCUGAAUGGCUGAUGCAGCGUCAAAUUGUGGUUAAGACAACAUCUUCACUUAAACUCUUCUUCUCUCUGCCACAGAAAGAAAGGAAGACUGAACAGACAGGAUGAGUUGCUUCCAGGGCCUCAUGCGGGAGUACACCAGUGUGUCUCUGGACCGCUUUGAUGGCCGCAACCUCUCCUCCACUGUCUUCUUCCUCUCUCACUGUCAUAAAGAUCACAUGGUGGGUUUGGACUCUCCAAGAUUUCAUCAAAAGUUGCAGUCCAGGAUGGAUGUCUUCCUGUACUGCUCUGCCGUCACCCAGACUCUGCUGCUGUCCGACCCACAGUACAUGCACCUCCGCAAGUUCAUAAAAAUAUUGGAUGUCAGCGUUCAGACUACAGUCACAAUCCCUGACAAAGGCGGUGAUGUCAAGAAGAUGUCCACUGUGCUGGUCACACCUCUGGGGGCUGGACAUUGUCCAGGCUCACUAAUGUUUCUGUUUGAAGGACCAGAAGGCACAUGCUUGUACACCGGAGAUUUCCGCUGGGAGACCGACUAUGCACGCACUCAACAGGCAUUUAAAUCAGGAGACAGUGUGAAGGAAAUCAAGAGUCUGUACAUCGACACAACGUUCUGCUUCGAGGAAGCCUUCCACUUCCCGAGUCGCAAUGAUUGUGCGAAGGCAGCGUGUGAGCUUGUGUCCCAUUGGCUGGCUCAGUCCGCUGACCACGUUGUGUCCAUCUCCUGCAAGUCCAAGUACGGCCAUGAACACUUCCUGAAGGAGCUCAGUACCAACACACACCAGAAGGUACACACAUCGAAGCAGAAGUGUGACGUGUAUCAGCAGAUCGGCGAUCUGGACCAGGUCUUCACGUCAGACCCUGCGGCCCGAAUCCAUUCCUGUACCUUUGUGCAUGGAAGAUCUCCACAAUCUCGACUUCCAUGUGGCUACAUCCCGGAACAUGGUCGCGACAUCAAUGUCCUCGUCCUCCGUCCCUCCACCAUGUUCUUUGCACUCAACCCCCACAAGCAUCGCAACGAGGACCUCAUCGUAUACCCCAAGGGUUCCCGAGGUCUGCACCGUGUGUGCUACUCCUUCCACUCAUCGUAUGUGGAGGUGCGUGACCUCGUCAGGUACCUCAAACCACACCGAGUCUUCCCCAAUGUCAUCCCGCCCAAUGAACAGGAUAUGAGCAAGGUUCAGGCCAGACUGAACAGCUUCCUCCAGCUGGUGCACUUGAAGCACAUUCCGCCCAUGGUGGCCCCAGACAGUGUGCUCGGCAAGCUCAAAGUCAGAGGAAGUGUGUACCACGCCAGAGACUCGUCCCAGAGUGACUCCGAGAACCUGGUAUUUGACAGUCCAGUCAAGAUCCAACCCUCCUCCCGCCUCCCCCAGAGGCAGGUCACCCCGUCCCAGACCAGCUUGUCCUCCCCCAAGGACAGCGAGGCCAGUGUGGUGGACAGCGAGGCCAGUGUGGUGGACAGCUCGUAUGAGGGUAGCAUCAUCCAGGAUGAAGGGAUGGAUCUCACCAACACCCAGGACACGGGGAAGGAGAAACCUUCUCUGCCUCUGUCCUCACAGGAACUGUUCGGGGCCAAGGCUGGAGAGGACAAGGCUGAGGACCUGACCCUGGACAACACCGAGGAGUCCUACUGUCUGUAUGUGAGCGGAGAUGAGGACUGUGACGAGGAGGACCGUGUCUCCACCGUCAGCUACUGCGCCCAUGAUGAUGUUGUGGUCAUCGAGUCCAGUCUGUCACAGGAGGAUGUGUGUGAGAUUGACGUGCAUGACGGAGCUGCAGGAUCUGCUGGUGAUGGGCUGUUACAUGGACAGGGAGACAGCUCGUCUCACCAAGGAGAUGGCGACACGUCUCAUGGACCUAGAGAUGGUGUCUCACAUGGUGAGACGUGUGAUGGAAAAGGAGAUAAGGUCACCUUGAUCAGGGCAGAUGAAGAUGAGGAGGAUGACCUUGAAAUCAAAGACGACAUUGCUGUUGAUUCAGGGGAUGGCAAGGGUCCUAAAAAGAAAGAUGGUAUCUCGCAAAAGAAAGGCGAUAAUGUCUCACAAGGAAAUGGAGAUAAAGUGUCGAUCUUGCAAGGAAACGGAGAUACGGUGUCGAUCUCGCAGCGAAAUCGAGAUAAGGUGUCUUCUAACAAAAGGGAUGGACAGACUAAAAAAAAGUCUGUAUUUGAGAAACAAAGCAGUUGUGAUCUGUUUGAUGAGGGAAAUGCGACAGACAUUGAAGACAAUGUGGAGGAAGAUGUUGGGGAAACCCAGAGAUUUGAUGUUGAUUUCAGUUCUGACACAGACAUACCUGGUCUGAAACAGACUCACACUGACAAACCCCGUAAAAACAAGGCCUGUACGGCUAAGGCCUGUACAGACAAGCCCCAUACAAACAUCGGCAGGCUCAAGGAGGAUGCAGUGGACAGAGGGUCUGGCAUGAGGCUUCCGAUACUACCACCUUCAACAAUGGAGGAGUCAGUGGAGGAGAUAGUUAUUUUGGACAGUGAUGAUGAAAGUGACAAGGAGUCUGGAUUUCUGAGUGGAGGGAAGGAUUGUGUCAUGUCCAAAUUCAACAACAAGCGUAGAAUGCCCAUGUCUAUAAACAGUGCAGAAUAUGCCAGAAAUCUCAGCAACCUUGUGGCAAAGGUUGAGAAAAGGUUAGCGAGUUCCGACAGCGAUAUCAGCCCAAGGAAAAAGAUGCGACCGGACUUGUCCCGGAACUGUGAAUCUGACAGUGACGCGACUCUGCCGCCAAGUCAAGGAUCGUGUGGUGCUUUGUUUCCUAGGAGCCUGUAUUACACGGAUUCGGAGUCAGAGAGUGACUCGGACAGCGAGGCGGUGGAGAUUCUGUACGAGACGGAUGCUAAUGGUGAUCGGUUUGACGUUUUGGGUAACCUGAUGCCAACUCAGCCUUCGCUGAUGACUGUGUGCGUGAAGACGCUGAACAGACCCCAGGUCAGCAGUACGACUAGAUGUAUAGACGAUGGCAGUAACAGCAGCGAUGUCAUCGACUUGACAGAGGAGCCUGAAGACGAGGAUUGUGCUGAUCGUAGCCAUGAUAACAGUGAUGGUAAAGUGGGAAGUGACCAUGAUAAAGUGGAAAGGAGUGAUGAUGAGAAGGAAAGCAGUCAUGACAAAGUAGAGGCUGGAAAUGAUAAACAGGAUAAAGUGGACCGCAGCCAUGAUAAACAGGAUAAAGUGGACAGCAGUCAUGAUAAACAGGAUAAAGUGGACAGCAGCAAUGAUAAACAGGAUAAAGUGGACCGCAGCCAUGAUAAACAGGAUAAAGUGGACAGCAGCCAUGAUAAACAGGAUAAAGUGGACCGCAGCAAUGAUAAACAGGAUAAAGUGGACAGCAGCCAUGAUAAACAGGAUAAAGUGGACCGCAGCCAUGAUAAACAGGAUAAAGUGGACCGCAGCCAUGAUAAAAUGGAGAUUGGUGACGAAGAGGUGGAGACCGGCCUUGAUAAAGUGGACAAAAGUCAUGAUAAACAGGAUAAAGUGGACAGCAGCCAUGAUAAAAUGGAGAUUGAUGACGAAGAGGUGGAGACCGGCCUUGAUAAAGUGGACAGAAGUCAUGAUAAAGUGGAGACUGGUCAAGAUAAAGUUGACACCAGUGAUGAUAAAGUGGAAAGUGGCAAUGAUCACGUGGAAAUCAGGACUGAUGGUGUCGAAUCCAGCAAUGAUAAAGUUGAAAAUAAUAGUACUGAGUGAUCGCAUUUCGCUCACUGAUUGUUUUAAUAUCAGAUGAUAAAGGUUGUUGCCAUGGAAACAUUCAUGGUGUGGACUCUAGUCCUGGAGUUGGUGCUACAGACUGUCUCAAACAUAAUUCCAUUGAAGCUAAUAAAGGGCUGUUCUCGAAAUUCCAAUAUAGCUAAAACAAUGAAAUACUGACAACAGUUCCUCUAACAUAUUGGAAUGUUUUUUAUAUUUGCAGGGCAUCAAAUGCCACCAUGUUUACUAAAUGUUGUACCCAUACUUUACCCUAUAUAUUGUUGAGGAUUUUUCAAGUAUGCAUGGUUACUUAACAUGCUUAACGUGUCUGUAUCAAAUUUUGAGGUCAGGCACAAAGACAGUAAUGAUUCACCAAAGUAUUGUUACCAUGGUUACACUGCAAUACUUUGUGGGAUCAGGUAUAACUUUAAACUAUUCUUGCGUACAAAGACUUAUUGGCAACUAGUUGCAAUUAAAAUGAUUGGUCAUUUGUGUUACCAUGGUUACCAGAAACAUGUAUUAUUUGGGGGUUUAAAAGAACUCUGUUUCCAUGCAAGUUGUUUGUGAAAAAGAUGUUCUUUUUAGCGUGUUGUAUGGAGGAGUUAUGAAUCAGUUAUCAUUUUUACUGAGGCUACAUAAAAAAUGAAAUAUUUCUCUUUCAUGUUUUCUCAAAAUUGAUGUGAGUGGAACAUUUCUGUUUUUCACCCACAAUACCAACAAAUACAUCUAUGCACACGUUGAAAAAGGCAUUUAAAAAAAAUAUCACUUGUGAAUAAUUUUAUUUGAUGUAUAACAGAGAAAACCAUGGAAAUUUGAUAAAUAUAUUUCAUAAUGGCAAUGAUAAUGACUGAUUCGCAGGAUUAAAUGUUACGAACCGAAGCCUGAGAAUCAUUUCUUUUAUUUUUUUAAGCCUAAUAUGUUUUGUAUUUAUCACUGAUCAUUCUCUUUGGUGAUGGAGCUUAUCUUAUCACUUUCACAAGUUUUACUUCUCAGCUCACCUGACUUUUAAGCUUAUGUGAGCUUAGGAAAAUAGUACAUGUGUGUUUCCGGUUUACCAUUUGACCAAACCUGAAGCCCCUGCCCUGAUUUCUUGUUGUUUUCAAGUUUCACCACAACUUUUAUCACAGUAUUGUUCAUUGUCCACGGUAUUUAGCUGUUGUGUUUGACUAUAGAUAAACCAGUCAUUAUCUUCAUUUAGGCUUUUAAGUAGGCUUUUAAUGAUGGGCUGCAAUUAGGGCUGGGGCGAGUCCAAAUUUACUACCCGGGUACCCACCACCCUAUUACCCGACCCUUCCCAGGUACCCGUUGUAGAUAUUUAGAGAUAGGUACAAACUGUCCGAUUUAGAAACGUUUGACUGUAUCCC